UAUGACGAGCCUGGUGACUAGCAGACAUCGGAUGUCGGGUUUCGGAUGCACUUUGCAGCAGUUGGACAAUCCCUCAGCAGUGACAGUCCUCGGGAUUUAGAUGACUGUGUGUUUCUUUUUAGCGAGCUACCUUUAGCCAAACAGUUAGAUAUUGGGGCCAGGCUUCAAAGAGCCAGCAUAUGAUUGUAUUUUCAGUGCCAACGCCUUUCCAUUGUUGACUUAUUUUCCGCUAGCUUCCACAUUCUAGCGUAUCCAGUAUCAUGAAUGGGGAUCAUAACAGCCCGGUGUAAUUCAGCUGUCUGGAGAUAACUUGUGGUUUGAGCUCUGAGUUCAUGCUAGCCGUGUUGAUUAGUUGUUAAAUGGUCGUGGCUAGUCGGGAGCUCUGAGUUACACGUUACAUUAGCCACAUAGCAUAGCAUAGCUCCGUGCAGCGGUAGACAAGAGAAAACGGGACUCUAUUAGCUAACGCUAGUGGGUUAGCUUUAAGUUGUAUGAGUCGUAACAUGAAACAAGUCGCGUCGGACACUUUAGGAUUCGUUCCCCAGAAGGACAUCGUUUAUAACAAGCUCCUGCCCUAUGCGGAUAAACUCGACUCUGAGUCCAAUGACAUUCUGGCUAAGAUCAAAGGGAACCUGUCCCGAGCCGUGCAGCUGAGGGAGCUAUGGCCGGGGGUUCUGUUUUGGACAAGGAGACUCUCCACGUACAUGCGUCUGUAUGGACGGAAGUUCAGCAAAGAGGACCAUGUUCUCUUCAUCAAGCUGCUCUACGAGCUGGUCACUAUCCCCAAGCUGGAGAUCAGCAUGAUGCAAGGCCUUGCGCGUCUCCUCAUCAACCUCCUCAAAAAAAGAGAGCUACUCUCAAGGGAGGACUUGGAGCUGCCCUGGAGGCCACUGUACGAACUGCAGGAGCGCAUCCUCUACUCAAAGACGGAACACCUGGGCCUGAACUGGUUCCCCAAUUCUCCACGGCCUCGCUCUUCCUCUAAACUCAUAAUGAUAAAAUUGUUUCAGAGGUGCUCUGUGGAAAAUGUUCUGAAAACGCUAGUCAAGAGCUGCAGACCAUAUUUCCCAGAGUCGGCCACCCAGGAGAUGUUGGAGGAGUGGAGGCCGCUGCUCUGCCCCUUCGACGUCACCAUGCAGAGAGCCAUCAGCUACUUUGACCUCUUCCUGCCGACCACCCUGCCCCCACACCUCCACCACAAGGGCUUCAAGUUGUGGUUCGAUGAGCUGACCGGCUUGUGGGCCUCUGUGCAAAAUCUCCCCAGCUGGGAGGUGCAUCUGGUCAAUCUCUUUGCCCGCCUGGCCAACGACAACAUCGGCUACAUCAACUGGGACCCUUACAUCCCAAAGAUUUUCACCCGAAUCCUGAGGAGUCUGAAUCUCCCUGUGGGGAGCAGUCAGAUGCUGGUCCAGCGAUACGCAGCCAACGCCUACGACAUCAGCCACGUAGUCCUCUGGGUUUCAUCCCUACUGGGAGGACCGAGCCAGCAAGCCCAGGCCCAGCUCAGUGGCCUUUUCAACAGCAUCACCUCCUUCUUCCACCCCUCCAAUCAUGGCCGCUGGCUGAUGAAGCUGAUGAAGCUCCUCCAGAGGCUUCCCGCCGCCGUGGUGCGGCGACUGCACCGCGAGCGCUACCGCAAGCCCACCUGGCUCACGCCGGUGCCGGAGAGCCACAAGCUCACGGAGCAGAACAUCACAGACUUUGUGCAGAGCAUGAUGCAGCCGGUGCUGCUGGCCAUGUUCAGCAAGACGGGCAGCCUCGACGCGGCCCAGGCCCUGCAGAACCUGGCCCUCAUGAGGCCCGAGCUGGUCAUCCCCCCGGUGCUGGAGAAGACCUACCCCGCCAUGGAGACCCUGACGGAGCCCCACCAGCUGACUGCCACCCUCAGCUGCAUGAUCGGCGUGGCCCGGAGCCUGGUGUCUGGGGGCCAGCGUUUCCCCGAGGGGCCCACUCACAUGCUGCCCCUGCUGGUCCGAGCCCUGCCUGGGGUCGACCCCAACGACUUCAGCAAGUGCAUGAUAACCUUCCAGUUCAUCGCUACGUUUGUGACGCUGGUGCCUUUGGUCGACUGCUCCUCUGCCCUGCAUGAGCGGACAGACCUGACGGAGGUGGAGCGAAAGCUGUGCUCAGCUUCAGCGGAAUUUGAAGACUUUGUCCUUCAGUUCAUGGAUAGGUGUUUUGCGCUGAUAGACAGCAGCACUCUGGAGCAGACUCGCGAGGAGACGGAGACGGAGAAGAUGACUCACCUGGAGAGCCUGGUGGAGCUGGGCCUCUCCUCCACCUUCAGCACCAUCCUCACACAGUGCUCCUUGGAGAUCUUCAAGGUGGCGCUGAAAAAGGUGUUCAACUUUGCCACCACCAACAUCUUUGAGACCCGUGUGGCUGGGAGGAUGGUGGCGGACAUGUGCAGGGCGGCCUCCAAGUGUAACCCCGUGGAGGCCUUGAAGCGCUUCGUGCCACACUGCUGCAACGCCAUAAACCAGAUAGCUGUCAAUGAGGAGGUGUUGAACGAGGAGGAGCUGGACAAGGAGCUGCUGUGGAAUCUCCAGCUGCUCUCCGAGGUGACCCGUGUGGACGGGGACAAGGUCCUGCCCUACCGGACACAGCUGGUGCAGAUCCUGCAGCUCACUCUUCGCCUCAAGUGCAAGCAGGGCUACACCCUGGCCUGCAACAUGCUCCACCACAUCCUGCGCUCCACCGCACUCAUCUACCCCACCGAGUACUGCAGCAUGCCCGGUGGCUUCCACCAGCACUCCAGGGACCGGCUGCCCAUCAAGGACUGGGGCCGGCCCGGGGACCUGUGGAACCUUGACAUCCAGUGGCACGUGCCCUGCGUGGAGGAGACCUCGUUCGCCUUCUACAUCCUGGACCUCAUCCUCCAGCCGGAACUGCAGCGCCUCCAGAGGUUCUCGCAGGGAGAGCUGGAGAUGAGCCGGGAGGAUGUCCUACAGAGUUUGGCCAUCGUUCAGCACUGCCUCUUGGGAGCUGGGAGCCUGAUGCCUCCCCUGAAAGGAGAGCCAGUCUCUGAACUGGUUCAGAGUAUGGUGAAUCUGGAGGAGACUCACCUCUACAUCGGAAGGGAGUACGAUGUGUCCAGGGAGAACUACAGGGACGCCAUCUGUGGUGUGAUGAGACAGCUGCUUCACUACAUCCUGGAGCACUCUGAGGACGACACCAAGUCCCUGUUCUCCAUAAUCAAGAUCAUCAGUGACCUGUUGCACUUCAAAGGCUCCCACAAGCACGAGUUUGACUCCCGCUGGAAGAGGUUCAACCUCGUGAAGAAAUCGAUGGAGAACAGACUUCACGGCAGAAAGCAACACAUCAGGGCCUUGCUCAUAGACCGAGUCAUGCUCCAACACGAGCUACGUAAGCUGACGAUGGAAGGCUGCCAGUACAGGAGCGUUCACCAGGACCUCAUGAAGGAUCUGCUGAGACUUUCCACCAGCACGUACAGCCAGGUGCGGAGUCGGGCCCAGGGGGUUUUCUUCACCGCUCUGGGAACCUACAACUUCUGCUGCCGAGACCUCAUCCCCCACGUGCUGGAGUUCCUCAAACCCAACCGCAGAGACGUCACGCAGCAGCAAUUCAAAGGCGCCUUGUACUGUCUCCUGGGGAACCACAGCGGCGUGUGCCUCGCCAACCUGCACGACUGGGACUGCAUCACCCUGACGUGGCCGGCCAUCGUGCACUCGGGGCUCAGCUCCGCCAUGUCCCUGGAGAAGCCCUCCAUCGUGCGCCUGUUUGACGACCUGGCAGACAAGAUCCACCGGCAGUACGAGACCAUCGGCAUCGACUUCUCGGUUCCCGAGGCGUGCAUCGCGGUGGCUAGUAGACUGAUGGUGGCCGGGAAGCCUGUCCCUCCCCAGCCGGUUCCCACGGAGGAGGAGUUGGCAGUGGGACGGAAGAAGCAGCAGAACAAGAACACUGAUUCAGAGGGGAAAUAUGAAAGGCUAGUCGCUGAUCUGCUGGACGGCAUCAGCAACAGAGACAUGCCGUGGAAGUUUGAGCACAUCGCCAUCGGCUUCCUCUCACUGCUCCUGAGGGACGAUCUGCCGCUGCCCGCUCCCGCCGUGCUCUUCUUCGUCAAGAGCCUCAACCACGACUCACUGCUGGUCCGCAAGGUGGCGAUAUCGGCCGUGGCAGGAAUCAUGAAGCAACUGAAGAGACCCCAUAAAAAAGUGCCGGUCAACCCCCUGGAGCUCUGCGGGGGGAAGCUGCCGAGCGGUCUGGCCGCUGGGGACCGACCGGACAACCAGUGGCUCCAGUACCACAGCGACAGCCUGCCACAGACCCAGCAGGACUGGGAGAGCUGUGUGUUCGUCGAGAAGACGCACUGGGGCUACUACAGCUGGCCCAGAAAGCUAAUGUCGUACGCCCCACCUGAGGAACAGCCAAAGCAGAACCUGACCAGAGAGGAGAUGAACGAGCGGGAGCAGAUCAUCUUCGACCACUUCUCAGACCCGGUGUUCAUAGCCCAGCUGAUAGAGUUCCUCUCUCUGGAGGACCGCAAGGGCAAGGACAAGUUCAGCCCCCGCAGGUUCUGUCUCUUUAAGGGCCUGUUCAGGAACUUCAGCGACGCCUUCGUGCCGGUGCUGCGGCCCCACAUGCAGAGGCUGGUGGCCGACUCCCACGAGAGCAAGCAGCGCUGCGUGGCCGAGAUCAUCUCCGGCCUCAUCCGGGGCUGCAAGCACUGGAGCUACGUCAAGGUGGAGGGCCUCUGGGAGGUGCUGUGUCCGCUGCUCCGCACGGCUCUGACCAACAUCACCAUCGAGACGUACGCAGACUGGGGAACCUGCAUCGCCACCGCAUGUGAGAGCAGAGAUCCACGCAAGCUGCACUGGCUGUUUGAGAUGCUGAUGGAGUCCCCCGUGAACGGAGAGGGGGGGUCCUUUGUGGACGCCUGCCGUCUGUACGUGCUGCAGGGAGGCCUGGCCCAGCAGGAGUGGCGGGUCCCAGAGCUGCUGCACCGGCUGCUGCAGUACCUGGAGCCCAAGCUCACCCAGGUGUACAAGAACGUCCGCGAGCGCAUCGGCAGCGUGCUGACGUACAUCUUCAUGAUCGACGUCAACCUGCCCUACACGCAGCCCACCAGCUCGCCGCGCAUCGCCGACUUCACCCGGCGGGUGGUGGCGCGCCUCAAGCCUCUGAUGGAGGGCGACGAGGAGAUCCAGAACCACGUCAUGGAGGAGAACGAGGUGGGCGAGCCGGACGAGCGCACGCAGGCCAUCAAGCUGCUCAAGACAGUGCUCAAGUGGCUGAUUGCCAGCGCGGGUCGCUCCUUCUCCACCGCUGUCCCAGAGCAGCUGCAGCUUCUCCCCUUGCUCUUCAAGAUCGCCCCCGUGGAGAACGACGACAGCUACGACGAGCUAAAGAGAGACGCCAAGACCUGCCUGUCGCUGAUGUCCCAGGGCCUCCUCUACGCCGAGCAGAUCCCCCUGGUGCUCCGGGUUCUGCAGGGGAUCGCCGGCAGCAGCUCCUGGCACGCCCGCUACACGGUGCUCACGUACCUGCAGAUCAUGGUUUUCUACAACCUGUUCACCUUCAUGAGCGACCAGGGCUCGGUGGACCAGGUCCGGGCGCUGGUGGUCAGCCUGCUGGAGGACGAGCAGCUGGAGGUACGGGAAAUGGCCGCCACCACGCUCAGCGGCUUCCUGCAGUGCAACUUCCUGUCCAUGGACGCCCCCAUGCAGGCCCACUUUGAGGCUCUCUGCCUGACCAGCCUGCCCAAGAAGAAGACGAGGGCCCUAGGCUCGGCCGUGGACACCGUCCCCUCCGCUGAUCUGAUGCGCCGCCACGCGGGCGUCCUGGGCCUGAGCGCCUGCAUCCUGUCCAGCCCCUACGACGUGCCCACCUGGAUGCCCCAGCUGCUGAUGGACCUGAGCGCCCACCUCAACGACACACAGCCCAUCGAGAUGACGGUGAAGAAGACUCUGUCCAACUUCCGCCGAACGCACCACGACAACUGGCAGGAGCACAAGCAGCAGUUCACCGACGACCAGCUGGUGGUCCUGACCGACCUGCUGGUGUCCCCCUGCUACUACGCCUAGACACGAAAUGAUGUCGGCUCAUGAAGGAGGAGGAACCGCCUAUAGAGCCUCCCUUUUUCUUAUUUUUUAAAUGGAUUUCUUGAGUUUUCAUUGGUCCAAGAUGACCUCGGACCCGAGGAGGAGAAGAGUGACAGUCUGACGGAACUGCAGAAGGCUCUACCUUGGAGAAUCAUGAUUGGCUUACGAAAGUGUGUAUUUAUGUAUCUAGCUCUUAUUUACAUUUCUACUAUACUUAAUAUUUAAGGUUGAAUCAUCGCAGGGAAGUCUGCUCUGCAGGGCGAGAGGUUACUGUACAGGCUUUUGUUUAUUGUGUUUUUUUAAUUGAGGGGGAGGGGUUGUGAUUAGCUUGGGAAUGGGUGUGUGUGUGUGUGUAUGUAUGUGUGUGCCUGCGUGUGCAUCUGCUUGCCUGUUUGUGUGUUUGUCUGUUUGUUUGAUGUUUUGUGUGUGUCCCACUAUAUGAUUUAGAAAGCGUACCACCACUGAGCCAACACAUUGUCCCCCACAGGACUAAUUGUACCAUCUUCCAGUCGGGAAGUCGUUACAAGUGACCAUAGCACGCAGUCUUUUUCUGUCUUAGACUGCAACACGGACACACGUACACAAUGUUUGUGUGGCGGUUUGAUUGACAUUUGAUUAUAUGCAUCACGUAAAUGUAUACAACGCAUGUUCAGCAAGCAUACGCAUAAGCGUAUUUAUUUAUUUAUUGUUUCAGAAGGGUUACGUUGAAAUGAUGGAUGGACCUUUGUUUUUUGCGAUGAAGCUUUUCUGUUUUUUUUUUUUCAACACAACCCACACCGAACAACCGCAACACCGGAUUCAAAUGACAGCCCUCCAUUUCCAUAUAAUCUGUUAUUUUUCUAUAACCUAGCAAGAUAAACGUUAUUUUGGUACGCUUUUAUUUUCUUCAUGACAAAUGAAGUCACUCAAAUUGACGCUUUUUAGUACCUCACUAAUGUUUAGUGUAGUGCCAAAACUGCAGUGUUCAUUUUAUUUUUUAUUUUUUAGAUGUCUGUUUGCAUAUUUAAUAAAAAAAUGCAAUAAAAUGAUUUACUAAAUCCUG